UCGCCCGGUCCGCCCGCCCAGCGCCGAGGCCCGCCCUGCGUACCCACACAAAGCCGAGUCCCAGACACCCCUUCCUUAUCGGUCCCGUCAUAAACAUACUGCAUAUUACACUGCACGGUAGCGUUAUUGUUAACAUCUCUUUGUGGCAAAGGUCCCUUCCUAAAAAGCUAUUUGAUCGACUCGUCAACACCAAACAGUCCAAAGUGUUGUGUGUGAGUGUUAGUGUGAUGUGCUAAGCUGAGCGUGGGUGCAGCGGAGUGGCGCGUCGGUAGCGCCCCAUGCAGGGGCGCGCGGCCGCAGGGUCGGGCGGGCUCCGCUCAAACCCGCGCGCCCUGCCGCCGGUGCUGCCGCCGCCGCCCCAGUUCGCGACAGACCAGGAAGCGAUGCCGGCCAACCAGAUAGCCCAGGUCAUCGCCCUAAUAUGUGGUCUGCUAGUGGUGAUCCUCAUGGUGCUGGGACUGGCGUCGGCGGACUGGCUGAUGGCGGCGGGGUGGCGGCAGGGGCUCUUCAUGCACUGCAUAGACCCCGAGGCCCCCACGCCGCUGCCCUUUGACAUCACCGCACAGCCCGGCUGCUACGCUGCCAGGCCUACCUCUUAUAUUAAGGCGUCGGCGGGGCUGUGCGUGGCGACGCUAGCGGCGGACGUGUGCGGCGCGCUGCUCACCGGGCUAGGGCUGCGGGCCUCCGACCACCGCACCAAGUUCCGCUACUACCGGUUCGCGGUGCUCGCCAUGUCGCUCGCACUGAUGUGCAUCUUAAUAGCGCUAGUCAUCUACCCGGUGUGCUUCGCCGCAGAACUGAAUUUAGGAAACCGAUCGGUGUGGGAGUUCGGCUGGGCCUACGGCGUGGGCUGGGGCGCCGCCAUCUUCCUCUUCGGCGCCGUCGUGCUCCUGCUCUGCGAUAAGGAGAGCGAGGAGCUCUAUUACAAGGAACGAAAAGUGGUCCACACGGAGCGCACGGGGCGCCCCUAGGGCCGCCCGCGCCUGCCCGACCUGGUGCCGUGAGCACCGCCUCGCUAGCACCGACGCGCACGCCCGCUGGGUGUGACACGCCCCAGGUAGCACCACGUACCGACACACACCUGACCAUGCGAUUGUAACACGACAUAUUCUAUAGGAAGCGACAUCAGAUCACGAAAAAAAAUACUUGCCAGUUUUUAUAUAUUUACAAUACGCUCAUUUAAUAUAUAAAUUGAAAUUUUGAAGAGAAAGAUACCCUAUGUUCCAUAUCUAAAAUACCUGGGGCCCAUUUCUUGAAGCUACAAGUUAGAAUUUACAAGCGGUAGUCAAUGUCUAAUAUGACGCUUGUAACUUUCAGUUUUGAGAAAUCGGCCCCUGAUGUUUGAUAUGGAGAAUUGGUCAGAAAUGGACAUUAUUCAAAUAGUUUUUUAUCUAAAUGAUUUUUUACAAAUAGUUUCGCCUUUAUUCCAUAAAACACUGUUUUAUUUUGCUACUUUGAGCUAACGAUAAAAUCGUAUCGGCGUCUUCGAUAAACAACAUGCCAUUGAUGUGCAACAAAAAUAGUCGGAACGCCAUUGUUAAUAUCUAUGCAGUUAUUCUAAAUUCAGUUCUUCCAGUUCAGGCACAUUUUAUUUACAAAUUGUAACAUUUUAAACAUACUUGAGACUUGUUUUACCAUUAUCUGAUGUCACUAACUAUUCCUGCAGUAUUUUUUAAUGUUUUUAACGAAACAUAUUCUCUGUAUUCUCAGUUUUUCAUUGAAUAUGUCGUGAAUUUUCUCCAAUGUUAUAUCGCAAUGUUCAUUCCGUGAUUAUGUAUAUACAAAAUAAUCAUUGCGUAAAAUUUGCAGAGUUAACUUACGCAAUCUAUUUUGUUUCUAUGUAAUAUACACGGAAAAGGUGUUCAACAUAUUAAGCGCAUUAAAAUCACAUAAUAUUUGAUGAAAUCGAAACGUUUUUUUCGAAAUACGUGCUGGAAUCUCUUAUUGGACUGAUUUAUGUAAAGUUUUAAGAAAUUAUGACCUUAAUGUGCUUCUAUGUAUUUAAUCGGUACGGUGGUGUAUACCUGAGUAUAUCUGUCAUGCAAACGUAGACCCUACGGUGUGGUGACAAGGUCUACUUAGCAUUGAUAGCCCUCGAUGACUCGCGUCAUGUUUUCUCAGGCUUAUUUCGUAGUACUUGCGCUGAUACUAAAUUAUGUAUAACUUAUAUAAGAUUAGGAUCUGUAUCAAAUCUCAAUUAUUUAAAUAAUGGUGAUAUUGCAAAAAAUCUCAAAUGUUAGCUUAGGCUAUUUUGGACCAUAGUCAGUGUGAGUGCUAUGAUUAUACUUAUGUUUAACAAAUUUGUAUUUAUUUGUUUUAAAGUAUAUUUUUUGAUAAAUCUCAAACGACGACUAGCAUUUUUGACAAAGAAAUCAAAGUCGUUAAACCUUUUUUUAUUUUGUGAUUCGCUGCGCGUUAUUGGCGCGUUUUAUUUUAGCCAUAUACUUUAUUUGUAAGAUUUUUAGUUGUAAGUUUCGUUAGAGAGUCCCGCCUUUGCGCGGGCGGACGCCGUACCUAGAACGCGAUCCGUUCCAAAGAGCGUUCCCUUAUUUAUUGGCUUUAAUUUAUUCGUCCUACGUUGGUAGUCGUUGAGUUAGGUUUAGUUAGUGGCGCGCGCUCGAGUCUCAUCGCUGGCGUGCGCGGGGCGGCGACAGGGCAGGCGCCGACAGGCGACAGGCGCCCGACACGGCGCGAGCGACACGCGACACGCGACAGUGUGCAACCCGCAAGGACGGACCCAGUGCUAGUGCACGAUAGUGUAGUGACGUUCACUAGUGACGAUAACCGGCGGCCGCGUCGUAAAGCGGCUCGCCGUUCUUCUGACAUUAUAUGUUAGUGUAUUAUUAACGAACGAUAUGCAGCGUGCGAGGCUGUACGUACACUUCUCUGAAUGGAAUCCGGUGACCGGCUAUGAUACUACUGAGAUAUAUAAAGGAAUUAAAUGUAUGUUUUGAUUAUAGUUACCUUUUAGUACGAUAUACUCGCUGUUGUGUAAAAUCUAUUUUAUUAAUGUUUAUACAUUUAAUGAUUGUCCCGAAAUUUGUUUUCGCCUAUAAAAAUUUAGAAUCUCAUUCGAUUACUUUCGAUCUGAAUUUGCAAUAUUUACUAAAGCUUUUUUGGAAUUGAGUAUUAUUUUAAAAAUCAUAAUAUUUUUUUAUUAACGUUUAUAUAAAAGGAAUGUUUAACGAAAUAAUUAUCAAAUACAUCUUACUAAAGUGUUAUUUGUAAUUAGCAUAACGGUUACUAUAAGUGUAUCUAGUUGUUAAGAUUAAGGUAAUGUAAGAGCAUUGUUAGAGCAUUUAUUACUCAGUGCUAUCGCUCGGUCUGGCGAUGAAUUUACUAGUUAACGGGCGACGGUGUCGCCCUCUACGCUGAUUUGUAGUCCUUGGUUGUGGCUUUAAUUCCAUAAAAUAACAUUUACUUUGUGAUAAUUUGGUAGCUUUUCUUGAGGCCUUAACGGAACACAUGACGUAACAGAUGGCCCGUUGAAAAAUUGUCAAUUUACAUUUUUUUUAAGUAGUGUUGUAGGAUGAUCUUCUAUUUUGUAUAAGGCCAAUUAAAUUUAAUCAUAUUUUUUAACUUAGAUUAAAUAAGAUCUGUUCUAACACUUCUAACACUCACUCGAUACUAUCGAAAUGUUUUAUAUCCACACUGCCAUGUUAACUUAAAUUAUUUUUCUUUCCCGAGUCAUUUUAAUUAUAUUAGUGUGAUAAAUUAUUGUAUUUACUGUAAGUGUACAUUUUACAUAAUAUGGUAACCCUAAUCCCUUUUAACGUCAAGUAACUAACCAGUUAUUUUCGUAACUUGUACUUGGGCAAUUUGCUAGAGCUGUUCUCUUCAAGUGCCCUUGCUUGCCUACAGAGUGCAUAAUAGUUUUCCAUCGUUUUUUCUCGGCAACGUUCGUAUUUGUCGUUCUAGCUCGGUCAGCGUUAGUCCUUGUACUGAACCUGGCUGAAAUAGAUAUGACACGUUCGUGACUUCCCGUGAAUAUACGAAGAAAAACCAUUUUGCAUACUAUAUCUGUACAUAUUCGCACAAUGUAUAUUGUAUAUGUAUACAUACAUAACUUAAAUUUGCCUGUUUUAUAAAAAAAGAACACCAAUACAUUUUGAAUUGCAAAUUACUGCCUUGGCUGAGAUUUGAUCUCGUGGCAAUUGAGUCGCUAGCCCAGGGCUCUAGCGUUUGAGCUACCGAGAUCUCGUCCACAGGCAACGAAUCUUUCCACCAUUUGGGCGUGUAGGCCUAAAACCUAGUGUGCACAUAAAACUUGGCCCCUUGUUCCUCGUAGGUAACCAAGUUUGAUAACUGGUUUUGUAUGAGGAAAAAUAAUUCUUCCUAGCUAACUGGGUUAUGAAAUAGGAUUUGUUUUUCCUCGUAAAAAACAAUUAUUUUUUGCAAUUUUCUAUAAAGAUUUUUUUUUCUUCUUGGCUUACCCGGUUUUGAUAUGGGAUUUUUUUCCUCAAAGAAAACCAUUAUUUUAUGCAGUUUUCUAAGAAGAUUUGUUUUUCCUCUAAGCUUAAAAUAGAAACCUGCAAAAAAUAAUGGUUUUCUACGAGGAAAAAAAAAUCUCAUUUCAUAACCGGGU